GCCAUGACACCCUUGCAAGUGUUAUCGCAGGUAUUUACAGUAAAUUAGGAAACAAUCUAAUGCAAGUUGUACGUACAAUAACAUUUGUAUAGAAGGGGUUCGGUAGUCAACCAAUUAUCCUUGUCAAUCAUGUGCAUAUAAUAAAUACAACGAACGAGGUUGAAAUGCAUGGACCAGCUUCUAGCUAAACUAGCUACUUCGCUACUCUCUGUGUGUGUGUGUGUGGCAGAGAGGAAAGAUCAAGGGAGAACUGAUGGUGGGUGUCUCGGGCGCUGUUCAGUGGUGGGAGGAGUCGCAGCUGCGCAUCCUCGUCCUUGCUAGCUUGGUGAUUCAGUACAUCCUCAUUGUCUCUUCGGCCGCACGUAAGUUGCCCAUCAGAUCCUGGUUUAGACCUGUCAUCUGGCUAGCAUACCUUGGCAGUGAUGCCAUUGCAAUCUAUGCUCUCGCCACCCUCUUCAACCGCCAUAGGAAGCCACAUGACGAUGGAGAUGGACAUGGUGACAGCAAUAGCAUCCUGGAGGUGUUGUGGGCACCUAUCCUCUUGAUACACCUCGGUGGACAAGAUGGCAUAACUGCCUACAACAUCGAAGACAAUGAGUUGUGGACGCGACACAUCUUCACUGCAGUGACACAGGUCACCGUGGCUGUCUACAUCUUCUGCAAAUCAUGGCCAGGCGGCAACGACAGGAAUCUGCUUGUUGCUGCAAUAUUGCUAUUCAUCCCCGGUAUCCUCAAAUGCAUCGAGAAGCCCUUGGCUCUCAGACGAGCUAGCAUUAACAGCCUGGUGAGCUCCGGUGAGCCUAUUCAGAGGUCAAUACACACACAUAAGCUCAAGUUUGAUCCGCUGGAAGAUUUCAUUGACAAGGCAACCAGUCCUAUUGGGGCAAAUGAGUAUCUUUUAACAUCUGCUACACCGGUGGACUUUACUCCUUAUAAGCUAUUUGUGGAUCUGGCAUCUCCUUCUGUUGAUGAUCGGAUCAGGAUGCUACUCUCCUUCUCAACACUUGAUGGCAACCAUGCGUAUUGUAAGCUGCAACAUUGGCUCUCCAACACCUUCCUAAUCCUCUACACCAAAGAAAAGGUGUUUUCCAUCUCUUUUCUCAAACAAAUUGAUCUCUCAUCAUCAUCCACUAGCCGCAAUAUCUUUAAACUUACGGCGUCACUAGCAGUAAAUUCUGGUUUGGUUCUCCGUGCAUUAGCUCUCUACCUUCCAUUUAUAGCCCUAGUCAUCUUCCACCACAGUAACCGAGAAGUUUAUAGUCAAGACGAUGUCAAGGUUACGUAUACCUUGCUAUGUUGUACUGCUGCAUUGGAGUUUCCAGCAAUGGUCGUAAGGAUCAUUUCACGGGACACAGAAGAACGCCGUCAAAGGUCAUCUGAUGUGGUGUCAACGGAUGAGAAGCCUGAUUUCGAUGAUAAGGUUUCCCAGUACAGUCUUAUAGGCCUCCUUGUCCGCAACAGUGAGCAUUCCAAGAUGAUGAGGAUCGUGGGAGUUUUGGGAUGCACCGACUUCCUUCAGCAACAUUGGCACAUGAAGUCUUGCUCCUCAUCCUUCAGCAUUACAAAGGUAGUGCUCAAGUAUGUGAAAGGUGGGUGGGAGCACCACAUAAGAGAUGUUUCCAGUUACAGGAAGUUCAAUGAUAACAGGGGCCAGUUUACUCUUGGGCAUGAAGGGUGCUACGAGGAAUUGGGAUGGAGCUUGGAGGGUGCAUUCGACGAGAGUGUUCUUCUCUGGCAUCUCGCCACGGAUUUCUGCUACUACGACAUGGGUGUAUCUCGUUCUCACCAUGACUACUACUACAGGUGCACACAAGGUUCAUGUCCUGAUGCUUAUUCAUGCCCUGCUUGGUGUGGAGGAUCUGAUCAUUGUGAAAAGGCAGUUCAGUGCAGAGAAAUGUCGAACUACAUGAUGUACCUACUGUUUGUGAAUCCUGAGAUGUUAAUGCCAGGCACCAGAAGAAACCUCUUCACGGCCGCCUAUGAUGAAUUGAAGGACAUCGUCGCGAAAACAGAUGGCAUCAUCUUCGAAGGAUAUGAGGAGAUAGGGCUUACACAGAUGAUAAUUGCUGCAGUUGAUUGUGGAGGACCUCCACCUCUGGGUUGUACCAAGCAGGAACAGGGAGGAAUUGUGUGUGAUGCUUGGAGCAUUGCCAAAGUGUUGUCCAAUCUGCCUGAAGAGAAGAUGUGGGAUGUGAUCGAAGGCGUGUGGGUGGAGAUGUUGUGCUUCUCCGCCGCUAGAUGCAGAGGAUACCUCCACGCCAAGGGUCUGGCCACCGGUGUGGAAUACCUCACCUAUGUCUGGCUCCUGUUGUACUACAUGGGUAUGGAGACUUUGGCCGCCAAACUGCAGAGGGCGGAUCAUCAUCAUCACCACAACGGAGGAGAGCAAGGGGAUGGCCCUUCAAGUUCUCAUGGCUGCAGGGCCAGCACUGCCCAAGAGGACGCCCCUGGUCCAUCAAGAUCAACUGGUGACGCCACUGAAGAAGAACAUGCCAAAGGUCAGUCUGCCGCCUGUUACCAUGACAGUGAUGGCAUAGUGGAAGAAAUCGUCUGAUUUGCUAGGAUGUUUCUGGAUGCCAAUCCAUCUCUGUUUUGCGUUGCUCUGUUUCUUUUGUAUGUGCCAAUAGUUUGUUUUUUUCCGUUGAUCACUGGUGCUAUGUGUGUUUGUUGGUGUUGUUUCUAUUUCUUAAUUCUCUUUCUGUUCCUGAAUUCAAUAUAGGGCACGCAAUGUCUGCUGUAACGUUGAGGGUUACUGCCAAAGAGUUUUCAGUUCCGCACCUUAUGUAACACUUGCAGAGUUAUGAAUUUCUGGGUGUUGUGUUUUUCA